AUCCGGUAGGUUGAGGAGUGGAGGAUUGAGCUUGGACGACAUCAAGCCUUCAGCAGCAAACACCAGUGUUACAUCAAUGCACAGACGUAGGCGGCUCUGUUGGCUGCUUAUGGACGAAACUGUGACUGAAUGAAACCGAAAGAGACUCAACUUAAACCAGCCGUCGGUCCUAGCUUGUAUAGUCUGCCGCCCUUCCUUCUGCUGGGCCAUGAACAAGCAGCCCAGCAAGGAGAGCCUGAAGGACAAGGUGAAGGGGAUCUUUGGGCUCGGACCCCCACGUCCACCGAGCAAACAAACUGACGCCAAACCGUCCGAGUUUAUUAUCACAACUGACAUCAUCAAGGAGCUCCACCCGGACUGUGGUCUGAGCAACCGAGUUCGCAUGAUGAACCACGUCUGUGAUCUUGCAAAAACCAAGAAAUUUGAGGAGCACGCAGUGGAGGCAGUAUGGAAAGCUGUGGAGGACAUGCUGACUCCAGAACAGCCACCUGAGGCCAGACACACUGUCCUGCAGCUGCUCAGAGCCAUAAUACAGGGACAGGUAGGUACACAAACACACACACACACACACACACACACACACACACACACACACACACACACACACACACACACAGUGAAACAAAUACAAAAUGCGUGUACAGCUCCUUUAAUCAGCAUAUUAACUGUUUACGUGAAGGGUGAGCGGCUCGGCCCUCUGAGAGCCUACUUCUUCAAGGUGAUCAGAGACUACCAACCAUGCAACGAGGACCUCUCCGAUCGGCUGGAAGUCUUCAAAGCCUUAACUGAGAACGGGAAGGACAUCACUUACCUAGAAGAGGACAUAGCACGCUUUGUCCUCCUGUGGAUGGACAUAGGUCUCACCUCUGACUUUCUCCACGUUCUCGUAAAUCUGGUGAAGUUCAACAGCUGCUACCUGGACCAGAACGUUUCCAUCAUGGUCCAAAAAAUCUGUCUCCUGUGCAAUAGAACAACAUCUUCAACGGAUAUUGAGGUGGCUCUACAAGUACUGGAUGCAGUGGUGUGUUACAACUGCCUGCCCUCAGACUCUCUGACUGUGUUUAUCAUAACACUUUGUCGUACUGUAAACGUCAAGGAGUUUUGUGAAUCCUGCUGGAAACUCAUGAGGAAGGUGUUAGGGACUCACCUCGGCCACAGUGCUAUUUACACCAUGUGCCGCAUAAUGGAAGAGAGGGUCUACAUGGAGGAUGCGCCCUUGUUGAGAGGAGCAGUGUUCUUUGUUGGGAUGGCGCUGUGGGGUGCACACAGACUCCCCGCCCUCAAAAACACACCUACACUAGUUCUGCCAUCUUUCUAUAAGGCUAUGUCGUGCGCCAAUGAAGUGGUGUCCUAUGAAAUCGUCCUUUCCAUCACCAGACUAAUCAAGAAGUACGGCAAAGAGCUGCAGGUGGUCACCUGGGAUAUUCUGCUGGGCAUCAUAGAGCGACUGCUGCAGCAGAUCCAGACAAUAGGCAGUGCAGAGUUGAAGGCCAUCGUCUAUGAGUUGUUGACGACAGUGGAGGAGCUGUAUGAGCAGAAUGAUUACCAUGGCUCCACAGAGAAGUUCUUCAGUCUGGUGGAGAAAUGUGCUGAUAAGAGACCUGAUGCGUCAGUGCUGACCCUCAUCUCAUACAGGGCCCAGUCGAUCCAGCCUGCCAAAGACGGCUGGAUUCAGAGCCUUUACCGCCUCAUGGAGAAAUUCUUCAGGAACGAGACUCGCAGUGUGAUAAGGAUCAAAGUGCUUCAUAUCCUGUCCUUCGUUCUCAGUACCAACCGACAACUCUAUGAGGACGAGCUGAUUGAAAUGGUAGUGAUUCCCCAGCUCAGUGGGAUUGCUGAAGACCGGGACCUGGCUGUGAGAAAACAGGCCACCCAGCUACUGGUGGAUCUCGCUGAGGGCUGCAACACACAUCACUUCACCAGCCUGCUGGACAUUAUUGAGCGGGUGGCCAGCCGCUCUCUGGUGUGUUCAGGGCCCUUGGAGGUUUCUGAGAGGGACCCCACAGCAGAGUCUCCUAUGGAGGACGUUAGGACUGCUAUACUGGGACUACUGGAAAUCCUUCAGAGCAAACUCUACAGCCUGCCAGCCAGUCAUGCCAGUCGUGUUUAUGAGUUGCUUAUCAGCCACUUGCAGCUCCACUACAAGAACAAGUACUGUUCAGCCAUCUCUUCCGGCAUUAGACUCCAGGUGUUUGACUUCUUCCUGAUGAUGCGAGCAGACUCCCUUCACCGUCUCGGGGUGCCCAACAAAGACGGGGCCAUGAGGUUCAGCCCUUACUGCUACUGUGACACAGGGGAACCAGAGAAGCGAGUCAGUGAGAAGAAGCCUACAGGUUCCACAUCUCCUCCGGCUGGCAGCCCAGCUCCCCCGGCCGCUCCUCCCCCCUCUACACGCUCAGCCUACCUGCCCUACUCUCCUGCCUUCAGUGUUCUCCUGCAGUGCCUCAAGAUGGAGACAGAUUGGAAGGUGCUGAAGCUGGUUCUCGACAAGCUGCCGUGGACGCUGCAGUACAAAGUGCUGCUGCUCACCUCACCGUGCAGCUUGGAUCAGCUCUGCUCUACGCUCUGCUGCAUGGUGACGGAUCGGCUGAUCUCAGAGCGCUUGAAGAAGACCCCAGAGGGGUUUUCACGAACUGACGUUCAGCUGGCGGUGGUUCCUGUCCUCACAGCAAUCACCUCCUACCACAACUACCUGGAGCAGUCAAGACAGAGAGAGCUGGUUCAGUGCCUCGAGACCGGCCUCAUUUACCGCUGUGCCAAGCAGUGUGUGGUGGCCCUCACAAUGUGCACAGUGGAAAUGCCUGACAUCAUGAUCAAGCUCCUUCCCGCUCUCAUUGUCAAGCUUACCCACAUCUCUGCAACUGUUGCCAUGGCAUCUCCAAUGCUUGAGUUCCUCUCAACUCUGGUGCGCCUGCCUCAUCUGUAUGCCAACUUUGUAGCUGAGCAGUAUGUUAGUGUGUUUGCCAUCUCACUACCCUACACUAACCCUUCCAAGUUCAACCAGUACAUUGUGUCACUGGCCCACCAUGUGAUCGCCAUGUGGUUCAUACGCUGCAGACUCCCCUUCCGCAAGGACUUUGUUCAAUACAUCACAAAGGGUUUGCGUUCCAAUGCACUGCUGCCAUUCGAUGACGGUCACGAGCAAAGUUCAUUUCGCGCCCGCAGCACCAGCCUCAAUGAAAGGCCCAAGAGUCUGCGAGCGGCAAAAGUGGCGAAGGCGGCGGCGGCGGUAGCCAAUAGCAGCAGCUCUCCAGUUAAAGAGCUGAGGGACCUGUCAGCCAUGGACGCUUUCCGUUCCCGCAGCAUCAGCGUCUCCGAACACGCGGUCCGCAGGAUGCACACAUCAACCACCACCUGCAGCCUGGGCUCCGCUGAUGAAAACGCGGUGACUCAGGCUGAUGAGGGCCUGAAGACCGUCCACCUGGAGCUCACUGAGACCUGUCUGGACAUGAUGGCACGAUAUGUGUUUUCCAACUUCUCAGCGCUGCCCAAGAGGUCUCCAAUAGCGGAAUUUCUGUUGGCAGGAGGUCGCAGUAUGACCUGGCUGGUUGGCAACAAACUAGUGACUAUAACGACCAGCGGAGGGGUCAGAACGCAAGCUCUGCUGGGCCUGGACAUGGCUGAUCGGCUUGGAGGAGGAGGAGAAAUGACGAGGUCCGAUCCAUCACUACACACCCGAAUAACCAAAGAGGCUCCAGCCAAAUUGGAGUCACAGUCAAGUCAGCAGCACAACAGAGCCACACGCAUACGGGUCCGCUCCAUGUCAGGUGGUCACGCUCUACGUGCUGGUCCUGCCCAGAGUCUCAGCCCGCUAGUUUCCCCCUCCGAGAGUGAGUUAGCUGCUCCGCUGUCUCCCUCCUCGGGUCCCACCCUGGAUGGCCUGGGUCCUCCCUCCUCCACCUCCGCCACCCCAUCUGCUCCCCCACCUCUCAAAGACAACCCCAGCCUGGCUGAGUUUGUCCCAAUGCUCACUCAAGGCUGGGCAGAGAUCUUCAUUCGAAGACCGUCUGGCAACACGAGCUGGCUGAUGUGUUUGGAGAACCCACCCAGUCCCUUCUCCUCUGAGCUCGGCAACAUGCCGCUGCAGGAGCUCUCUACCGUCCUCAUGGCGAUGGAGGGAGUGAAGGAGCCUCCUGCCCAGACAGCCAGCGCCCCCGCCAGCACCGCUGCCCCCGCACCAGCCCCCGUCUCCGAGCCCUUAACCCAAACACACAGCAGUGUCGGAGGGAAAGCACACCUGAUCCAGCGCUCUAACACUGACUCCGUGGUGGUGCUAGAGGAGGGGUCAGGGGUCACCACAGCACACACCCCAUCUGAUUGGUUAGAGAACGACGAGUUUGAACCAAUGCCAUCUGAUCCCAUCUUCAUGUCCACCGAUAAGUUCACAAAGACUCCGGCUCCUGGGACACUCAGCAGGUCCUCCUCCACCUCCAGUCAAGAUGAGGAAAAGUCUACUCUGGAGGAAGUGAGUGAGGGAGCCAUUCCCAUUGAUCAGCCUACUCUGGGACCUUCCACACCAGGCAGCCAGGGGCCCGAGCUUCCAUUCCAGACCCACACUCAGUCCCAAGGUCACGGACUCAACAAGUCCAGCUCCUCUCCAGAGCUCCAAACUUUACCCGAAGCCUUCUCCAAAGCUGCUAUGGAGUCAGAGACUGCAGCAGGAGACGCACCACGGCCCAGAGCACCUUCAGAGGGCAAGCCGCAGCCGCAGCCGCAGCCGCAGCCUCAGCCUCAGCCUCAGCCUCAGCCACAACCGCAGCUGCCUCAUUUUGAGAAAGAUAAGGUGGAGGGCAGUUUGGCAGGGGAUGUGAAUGGGCUUGGGGGACAGAGUCAAGCAGGUGAAGGCCCGGCUGUACAAUCGUCUCAAAGUGGAGGAGCAAGAAUGAGGUUGGAGUUUCCAGCAGCUGCGGCGCAGCCUGGACCCAUUUCCCCCAGCGGAGGCCACCGCCCUCGGGGUCACACCAUCUCAGUAUCAGCCCCGUCCUCCAGAAGAGAGAGGAGGACAGAGAGGGACUCGUACCACAGUCGACCCGGACCCAGCAACACAGAGAAGAUCUCUGGACUGAGCCCCAGCUUUGUCUUUCUCCAGCUGUACCACUCUCCUUUCUUUGGGAAUGAAGCCAACAAGCCGCUGCUGUUGCCCAAAACCCAGGUGAUUGAUCGUGCUGUGAAGGUUCUGGACCAAAUGCCUCCUUAUGACACCCAUAAGAUUGGAGUGGUGUUUGUUGGAGCUGGUCAGGUGAACAACGAGGUCGCCAUCCUGUCAAAUGAGUACGGAUCAAACCGCUACGCCGCUUUCCUGACAGGCCUCGGCAAAUUAAUCCAUCUGAAAGACUGCGAUCCGGACCAGAUCUUCCUCGGAGGGCUCGACCAGUACGGAGAUGACGGAGAGUUCACCUACUGCUGGCACGACGACAUCAUGCAAGCUAUUUUCCACAUAGCAACACUAAUGCCAAACAGGGAGAGUGACAAGGGCUGCUGCAACAAGAAGCGUCACAUUGGCAAUGAUUUUGUCAUGGUUGUGUACAAUGACUCUGGGGAGGAAUAUAAACUGGGCACCAUAAAGGGUCAAUUUAACUUUGUAGAAGUGAUUAUAAAACCACUGGAUUAUGAAUGUAACCUCGUCACCCUACAGUGCCGCAAAGACCUUGAAGGGUUAGUAGACACAACUGUGGCAAAAAUAGUUUCAGACCGCAACCUUCCACUCUUGGUCAGACAGAUGGCUCUGCAUGCAAAUAUGGCCUCUUUAGUGCAUCAGUACAGAGCCAACCCCUCUGAUGCGUAUGCCUCCAAGUGGCUCGCAAGAUUACGACACAUUAAGAGGAUCAGGACCAGGGCUCAGGAAGAUAUACAGUCUCGCUCGACUCCCGGCAUCUCGCUGACCCAAGGACACACUCAGCAGAACAAGUCGUUUCAGCAGAACACUCCUGCGUCCAACCCAGAAACCUCUGGGCAGAGGAAAAGACUUGUAUCAACAGUGGAUGAUUUCACUGAUUUUGUUUGAAUACACUUCUUAAUCCUGGCAGAUGCGCACACACACACACACACACACACACACACACACACACACACACACACACACACACACACACACACACACACACACACACACACACACACACACACACACAGCCACAGAUAUGCACACACCUGCCUUAGAGCUGAGGUGAAUUAAGUUUCACCUUUAUGCGUGGAAGGAUUCAGGAUGAAGUUCACACACUGAUUUCGACUUAAACUAAUUGGGACUUUGUAAUGGAAGACUUACGAGCUUAAUGGAUCAUAUUAAAGGCUUAUUUUGUGAAGCAUUGAUCUGUGAACACGGUAUAUUCUGCAUAUUUUUUGAAAAAUUUGAAAUGCUGACACGUUGCACUUAUAAUAUAUAAGUAUAUUAUUAUAAAAUCUAAUCAAGACAUGACAAGUGCAUAAAAAAUGACCAUG